CUUGUAACCAGCAAUUUCCUACUUUCUGGCAGCGCUUGACCAUAUAAACUUUUUGACAAGUAAACGCAAACGUUCUGAUGGCAUCAGCCCAAGCUCCUCUUCGUCCGUGGAAUUCUGCUCUGCAGCACAGUGAUCGCGAGCGUUGGAUUUGCAUAUAUCCAGCCUACAUAAAUCGCAAGAAAACACGCCAGGAAGGUCGACGAAUUCCCAAGGAGAACUGCGUGGAAAACCCGUCUUUCCAAGAGAUACGAGAUGUUUUGCAGGUGCUUAAUUUAAAUGUAGUUGUCGAAAACAAGCAGUAUUCUCGGGAAAGAAGCAAGGAGUUAGCUCUCCGGGGAAGAAUUCGUGUUCAGCUUAAAAAUAACGAUGGCAGUCCUGUUUUGAAAGAAUACCCGUCCAGGGACAGUUUAUUGUUAUAUUUGGGAAAGACAAUACCGCAGCUUAAAAUCAGACAAGGAAAACCAAACGAACCGGUUCAACCGCAAAGUUCUAGUGGUGGUGGUGGUGGUGGCGGCGGUGGUGGUCAAUCGCACAAGAAAGGCAAGGGCAAAAGACGAUAAAUUUAAAACAGAAUCUUUCAAUCAUUUAGUUGACUUUAUUUUCUUAAGUUGCAAUACACAUUAUUU